CUGCUACAGCUUCAUGUCGCGCACCUGAACCAGUCAAAAUUGUGACAAUAUUCUUAACGAAGUGGUCUACCUCAUCCUCUGGCACAUUCGCAGUCAAACACCCAGUCGGACGAGUUGCAUACAAACUUAAACAAUUUAAUAAUACGACAAGUCCGCACGACAGGAAUUAGGAUCUGUUCAAACCGUCCAUUCCAUGGUUCAUUCGCUCAACAGGCGCCAGAAGGAAAGGGAUGCGACUUCACCAGAAAGAACAGAAAAACGGAAGAAGAAAAAACAUAGUCAACAGCUUCAGUGCUCCGCUUAAAACUCAGUAUGAAUAACUAUUUGUUAGUUCAACCAGACCACAACCUGGAAUACUAGUAUAAGGCAACCCCACAGCACCAAGCGGUGCUCACUGAAUUCAACAGAGUAUUAGCACGUCACCCAGCGAACGCAUACGCUUCUCGGGCUUCGUCUUGGAGGGAAACGCACGUAUUCGGGGUGCAGUCAGACCGACAGAAAGCUCUCUCUCUCUUAACUAUGCUAGAUUCGUCGAUUUCCGGGGAGUUUGGGCAAUAUGACUAUCAAGUAAGAGGAUCAAGGGGACAGGAUUUUUCGAUUUUUUUAUACUGUCGUUAUAGCGGAAGCUAUGCCAGGUUUCUGGUGGUUGGUUUUGAGCAGUUCUGGAUACGGGAUUUCACCACUGAAUUCGACGGCCGUGCGAAGCCACGAAUUCAGAUCAGAUCCGACCUUUUCUGCCCUCAAUUUAGAUACUGCCAGUGUUGGAAUAUUGGCAAAAAGAAAGUUGAGUUCGGAAGGUGGUCUGAGCCGGUUGCAAACGGGUCCUCCCGCCUACUUAUACCCAACGGAGUUAUCGAUGGGCUCUUGAUACACAUACGCAUUUCAACAUCAC